AUCUGGUUUAUUUUAGAUCAACUAUCAACAACAAUAUUGUCUGAUAAUUUCACUUGUUUAUUAUGACUGAUGAAUGUAAAGGUGCAGAAGCAUCCGCUGAAGUUGACAUAAACGAUGUGUUUGAAGACCUACUGUUAAGUGAAGAACGCGUGGCUGAGCAAAGUUUCAAAGAAGGAGUGGAAGUUGGUUCUGCGGAAGGAAACGUAGAAGCCUAUCACUUCGGGUACCAUCGAGGAGCAGAGGUCGGCGCAGAGCUGGGAUUUUACUACGGUGUUAUUUGCGGUCAAGAGGACGAUUCCAGAGAGGUGAGUGCCAAAGCAAGUGCCCUCUUGAAAGAGUUGAAAACCGAGAUCGAUCAGUUUCCUACGUUUAACGAUUUGGAGGUUGACAUUUUGGAGCGACUUUUGCUGAUAAGAAAUAAAUACAAGAAAUUGUGUGCUCUGUUGAAAAUAUCUGCUAAAUACCCUAAGACGACGAAUGAGCUUUCGUUUUAAUCCUCUCAGAAUGGAUUCAGUAAAACAGCAUUUGGAAAGACUGGUUGACUUUCUGAAACCUCAGAUGUCGUUCCUGAAUUGUCACAUGGUUGA